UUUCCCUAGGUCAUCUCACAAAGCUUUGCUCUUCUAGUCUUUUUCUCUUUAAUUUCUCUCAAUUACUCAUCAUAUUCCCCUCUUUCUGUAGAUAUCUACACUGAUAUCAUGGAGAACAAAGCCCUCUUUAGGCUUCUUGUUAUUCUUCUGGCUCUUUUCUUCGUUGUAUUUGUUGCUGCUGUUCCUGCAACCAGAAGCUCCAUGAUCGGGAAAAUUGAUCCUUUAGUGCAAGAUCAUCUGGCUAAGGAGGAUCUUGUUAUGUGGUUAAGGAAUAGCGAAGAUGAAAUGAAAGAAGGGACUUUAGAGACCAGAAUGUUGAUGGAUGUUGUGGACUACCCUGGAACAAGACCAAAUCCAGCCCAUUAUCCAAAAUCUCCUGGAAAGCCUUGACUUCAUGUAUGAUCUUGGAAAUCAGGGUUUUGACUAGUUAUUUAGUUUGAGUACUGGAAGUGUCUAGAUGAUGUGUGGUUUGGGUUUGUAAUGGUUUGCAAUGCUGAAAAUGUGACCUGUCUGUAUGAAAAAUCUCUAAUCUAAGGUCUGUCCUAGUUAAGUUGUUAAUUAGUUUGGCUUAAGUGCUUUGGUAUUAUAAAAAGUUUGUUGUAAGAUAUAUGAAAGGUGUAUGAGCUAAAUCUGAGGUUUGUACUGGUUGAUGAUAAACCUUGAUUCCAUAGUGAAAUGUGAACAAGGUAGAUUGUGUUUA